AUGCGAAAGUCGAGCAUGUCGAUCUGCGCGACCAGAAGCGUCAUCCAUCAGGCGAAAGGGGAAGGGAAGAAAGAGGGAACGGGGAAGGAUAACAGUCUGGAGUAUGCUGAGUCCUCCUCGCCCUCGUACGUCGACAUCGAGCACAAGGGCGGAGGACAAGGUGGACAGAUGAUGCGUAACGAUGAUGUCGCCGCAGCGUCCUUUUGA